GUAGGAAUGCGAAAGCAGGUCAGGCUGCCGGCUCCGUCCCAGCCAGUGGCUGGUGCUGACAGCACAGUACAGGAGAGCCACGUCCUACAGGUGAACUUCUCCUGUGUUGCCCCCCAAGAGCAGGUAACUCAGAGACUCUGGACGUUUGGCUUGUGGUUUUUUGCCUGCCAUGCACACGUGUUCUAAAGUCACCUUUCAGUAAGCUUUCUACUCCCAAUUCAAUCACAGGAUAAGCACUGCCAUGAAAUGCUGAGGUAGUAGAUCUGGCUGUUGAAUCUUUGCAACUCGUUUUUGCAUUUCCCCUUUAUAGCUGCUGGGAGAGGGAAGCAUCUCAGGUGUGCUCCCCUUGCUGUCACUAUGAUCUGGUCUUUAGUCCAUAAACAGGUUUCCAAGGAAGAGGAGGGUGUUCAGCUCUGUAACUCCAGGAGGCUGAAGGAGGCCACGUGGAAUUACUGAGCCUGACUUUUAUCUGUCACGUCGCUCCCAGCCACGUCCUCCCUGUGCCAGCUCCAGCAUGAGCCCAUGGUGAACCGGCUGGCAGGAAUCAUGAGCUCCUUGGGAGAACAGCCCAACAAGGAGCAGUGUAAGGGGAAGAUUUCUAGUUCUCAGCUGACCAAAGAGCCUUGGAGAUGUCAGCAUGGCCUCAUGUAGUUCCUGCAGCUUCUCAUGAGGUGGUCAUCAGGAAAACGAGAUCAGGUUGUUAACUGCAGAGAUUGAGCGUCUGAAGAACUCUGGGUGCUUGGGAGUGUCCCCGAGUGUGGAAGGGCUGCGGGACGAGAACGCGAAGCUCAAGUAUCGCUUGAACUUCCUUCGGAAGAGCCUUCAGGAGGAAAGAAGUAAACCAGCAAAAAGCAUGAUUAAUAUCAACAGCUGCCUUCAGGAGAUCUUCGGAGCUGCUAUUCAGGCUGCCUACCCAGAGCUAGAAAACCCUCCACUAGUGGUGACACCAAGUCAGCAGCCCAAAUUUGGAGAUUACCAGUGUAACAGCGCCAUGGGCAUCACACAGAUGCUGCUCAAAACCAAGGAACAGAAGAUCAGCCCAAGAGAAAUCGCUGAGAAAAUAACAAAACAUAUUCCUGCCAAUGAAUGCAUUGAGAAGGUUGAAAUUGCUGGGCCUGGUUUUAUCAAUGUCCACUUGAGAAGGGAUUUUGUGUCGAAGCAGCUGAGCAGUUUGUUGGUGAAUGGUGUUCAGCCACCGGCUGUUGGCAAAAGGAAAAAGGUGGUGGUGGAUUUCUCAUCCCCUAACAUUGCGAAGGAGAUGCACGUUGGCCACCUGCGGUCCACUAUCAUUGGAGAAAGCAUGUGCCGGCUGUUCGAAUUUGCAGGAUAUGAUGUUUUGAGGUUAAACCAUUUAGGAGACUGGGGCACCCAGUUUGGAAUGCUCAUUGCUCACCUCCAAGACAAAUUUCCGGAUUACUUAACGGUUUCUCCUCCCAUUGGGGAUCUCCAGGCUUUUUACAAGGAGUCCAAGAGGCGGUUUGACACAGAGGAGGAGUUCAAGAAACGUGCCUACCAAUGUGUGGUGCUGCUGCAGAGCAAAACCCCCGACUUCAUCAAAGCCUGGGAGCUCAUCUGCGACGUGUCACGGAAAGAGUUCCAGAAAAUCUACAACUGCUUGGACAUCACACUCACAGAGAGAGGAGAAUCAUUCUACCAUGAGAUGAUGAAAGACAUCGUGAAAGAAUUUGAAGAUAAAGGAUUUGUCCAGGUUGAUGAUGGCCGGAAGAUCGUGUUUGUCCCAGGUUUCCCUGUCCCAUUGACAAUCAUGAAAUCAGAUGGAGGUUACACCUAUGACACAUCUGACUUAGCUGCUCUUAAGCACAGGCUGUGUGAAGAGAAGGCUGAUAUCAUUAUCUAUGUUGUUGAUAGUGGCCAGUCGGGGCAUUUACAGACAGUGUUUGCAGCUGGGCACAUGAUCGGCUGGUAUGAUCCCAAAGUAACCAGAGUGGCACAUGCCGCGUUCGGAGUGGUGCUGGGAGAGGACAAGAAGAAGUUCAAAACUCGUUCAGGGGAUACAGUGCGUCUUAUAGACCUGCUGGAGGAAGGGCUGAAACGAGCUAUGGACAAGCUGAAGGACAAGGAGCGGGACAAGGUCCUCACGGCAGAAGAGCUGAAAGCUGCCCAGACGUCGGUUGCUUUUGGAUGUAUUAAAUAUGCAGAUCUCUCCCACAACAGACUAAAUGAUUACGUGUUCUCCUUUGACAAGAUGCUGGAUGACCGGGGGAACACAGCUGCUUACUUGCUGUACGCCUUCACCCGCAUUAGGGCCAUUGCCCGCCUGGCCAACAUUGACGAGCAGAUGCUGCGGAAGGCAGCCAGGGAGGAGGUGCUUAUCCUGGACCAUGAGAAGGAGUGGAAACUGGGCAAAUGCAUCCUGAGGUUCCCCGAGAUCCUGCAGAAGAUCCUGGAGGACUUGUUAUUGCACACGCUCUGUGACUACCUUUAUGAGCUGGCCACCACCUUCACUGAGUUCUACGACAACUGCUAUUGUGUUGAGAAGGACAGGCAGAGUGGUCAUAUCGUGAAGGUGAACAUGUGGAGGCUGCUGCUCUGCGAAGCCACUGCCACCAUCAUGGCCAAAGGAUUCGACAUCCUGGGCAUUAAGCCUGUGCAGAGGAUGUAGCUGUUUCCUGUGGGGUGACAAUAAAGGGACUGAACAACUGGA